GUGGACGAUGUAAACUGCUAUAUACUAGUAUGAGUUACAUUGGUAUACAAACUUAUGUGGCACAAGUAGGAAUCGAACCUGCGACCUUUCGGUUCACAGGCGUCUUAACUUGACACCACCACUGCUUCGUAAGUAGCUCGUAUUUAGUAUCUAAUUUAACCAUUUUCAAAAUACAUGUUUAAGUUUUAGUGUUGUGAAAAUAUUAUCAUUUAUCAUUUAAAUUGGUAUGGAUAUUGUGACUAUUAUAUAAAAGCUAAAAUAAAAAACAAUAGUACCUAACAUUGAUAUAAUUAUCUCACAGAAGUGUCAGGAAUGUGGGACAAGAACAUGAUAGAAUAAAGUGUCACUUUCCAUAAUCAGCCUUAAUACGCAGGUAGUACCUAUGUGACUGGUAACACAAACACAGUUAAGAUUGUAUGGUAAUGAAAUCAGUAUUUAUAUAGUUUAUACAGUUAUUCCUUGCUUGGUUCUUUCAACGUUCAAUACCCACUGUAGAGAGAGAUAGCGACAAUGCAAAGAUCCUGAUCCUGACCUGACCUGGCCAGAUAAUAUAUUUUUAUUAAUAAGUGUUAAAGUUUGUUAUGUAUAAGUAUUUUUUAUUACGAGUACCUAACUACUUAGUAAUUUUUCUUUUGUCUUUUUGACGUCGGGCCAAUCUCUACAUCUACAGCAAAUACGAUCUUGACUUAGAAACUCAGUGACAUAUUGUUAAGAUAAAUUAAAUAUUUUAUAAAUAAAAACAAAAUAUGCAAUGACAUUACACAAUAUGCACACCAUUAUCGCACCUUGCGCAGGCGCCGUCCAUACAGAUUGCAGUCAUUUUCUCUCGCACAACAGACCGACAGACACGUCAAAUUUGUGCAAAAUUGUGGUCUUAGUAAAAAAAGACGCGAUUCAGUUUGUUUAUGUAGGAAGUGAACUAUUUGAGCAUGAAGGUUGUGGUUUAUCUUUUGAUGUUGGGUUUCAGCGGUGUGACGCCAGAUUGGAUAGGGGAAUGUGACAUGGCUCCCUUCUACGAGGAGCUGGGUUGUAGUCCCAUGCAUCCUUUUUACAAAACCUCGGUCUGCCCUCUCGCCUACAAGUGUCCUGACCUGCAUCCAGAUCCUAACAUGUGCUACUACAAAGGGGUGCCAUACAAGGACGGGUCGAGCAUCCCCGACGCGGAGAUCCUCAACCCCUGCACCAAGGCAUGUAGCUGUCAGGUCAAGGAGGGGGUCCGGUUCAAUUGUGCGAUGGUCGACUGCGUGCAGAGCUUCGAUAUAGACCUUCAAACACCGUGCGUCAGAACUUAUGAAUUAUGGUCGUGUUGCACAACUGGCACUGUUUGCGGUGAAGACGCCGUCGCCAACUUGAAAACCUGCAAAGUUGAUGGCAAAACUUACAGAGAGGGUGAAACUUUCGAGCCAAUAAACACGAGGAAGACCUGUGUCUGUACGGGUGAUUGGAACGGCACCAUUGUAGACACAUACUGCAGGGACAUCAACUGCGGCCUGGAGAUCCAUGACCAGGACAAAUUGGCGAAGAAGUGUGCGCCGGUGUUCGUGCGGAAUACGAGGGGUUGUCCCUUCGGAUUCGAGUGCCAAUCUCCCACAUCGAAGGUGGUUCCCGGGCUGAACAGCCUAGGGGUCAACGUGGAGUGUGCCUUCGGAAAUAUGACUCUGCGUGUCGGAGACGAGGUCACGGUGGACGAUGCCUGCAUGAAGUGCACCUGCACGAUGCCACCUUUUGUCUCCUGCAUUAUAGAUUUGUUCUGUGAUAAUGAUGAAAAAGAGAAAACAGACAAUGUAUAUUACUAGAUAUGGGGUUCCACUCCCGCAAAAAAAUUACAAACCCUAUGUGCAAUUCCAGUUUAUAUUAUACCUGUCUACUAAGUUUCAUCUAAAUCUGUCUAGUAUGUUUUGCGUUAUUGAGUCAUAUCUACAUAAAUACUUGUAUUUAUAGAUCAUAUUCGCAUUUAUAAAUAUUAGUAGGACAUGCAGAUAUAUAGGUUUUAUUAUCCGAUGUAAGUAGUUGUGGUGCCAAACGAUAUAGGUACUUAAAAUUGCAAUUCUUAAACACGGAUCCCUAAAAACAGUGGAAGGUAAAAGAAUUUCGGGUGAACAUUUUUUUUUUAUUGAAAUACAAUUGUUAAAAUGUAGGUAUAUGGGGCAAUGAGGUCAGACAUUACCACUCAAACGUAAUUAAUGAGUAUGUGUGUGUAAUGAAUCCGAAUUUAAAUUAGCUCAUAAAUAAAAGCUGAGAAACUGAAAAAAAGUAGGCUAACCAAGAUGUUUUAAAAACAGAUUAAAAAUAUAAGACAAAAACUGUUGCAGGAAGAAAAGUGUGUAUUCUAGAUUUACUUCAUCUCAAAAUUAAUUUAU